UAUUCUGAGCAGGACCAAGGAUCACCUGUUUCGUCUCAGAGGCUGUCGAAAUGGAUUGUUCCAACCAUUUCGUUGGCGUACCAACUUUCAAAGAUGGACUUUUGUUCCAAGGGGCCAUUCUACUAGAGCGAUGUCAGCUUCCUCCGCUUUUGCUGCGGGUGUCCCAAUCCAGGAUGUCUGUAAAGCAGCAACUUGGGCUAUGCCUUGUACUUUCGCGAAGCACUAUCGCCUUGACAUGCGUGCCAGAAGAGACUGUUCCUUCAGGAGAGCUGUUCUUUCUGCCGUUCUUCAAUAGCAACACCGCCCACCACCGUUUCUGGUUGGCAAGUAAAAUCAGGGUGGAGAAAAAAAUGAAACUUCUGUUUUCAGUUGUCUUUAUUUGCCUGUUUCCUCAAAGCAAAGAGAUUCCAUUAAGUAACAACAAUGCUGGCCACCAAAGAACAUUUGAAGACAUUAAGAAGGAAAUAGCUGGCUAUGCAGAGAUUGCCAAGAAAAUUAUCAAUCUUGCUGUUUAUGGCGCAGCCCAGAAUAGAUCCUAUGAAAGGCUUUCACUUUUUGUGGACACCAUUGGGCCAAGACUGAGUGGUUCUAGAAACCUAGAACAAGCCAUACAGUAUAUGUACCAAGCCUUGAAGACGGAUGGGCUGGAAAAUGUCCACUUGGAGCCAGUAAAAAUUCCCCACUGGGAAAGGGGAGAAGAAUCAGCAAUGAUAGUGGAGCCAUACAAUCACAACAUGGCUAUUCUAGGGCUUGGUAGCAGCAUUGCAACUCCUCCAGAAGGCAUCACAGCCGAGGUCUUAGUGGUGUCUUCCUUUGAUGAACUGCACAGAAAAGCGCAGGAAGCUCGUGGAAAGAUUGUUGUUUACAACCAACGUUACAUCAGUUAUGGAGAAACUGUGCUGUACAGAAGUCGAGGAGCAGUAGAAGCUGCUAAAGUGGGAGCAAAAGCAUCUCUUAUCAAGUCUAUUACUCCAUUUUCUAUUAAUAGCCCCCACACUGGGAUACAGUCAUAUGGACCUGAUGUACCCAAGAUUCCCACCGCCUGCAUUACAGUGGAAGAUGCUGAACUGAUGGCUCGCCUGUCUUCUCGAGGCACUAAAGUUGUUGUGACACUGAAGAUGGUGGCCAAAACCUUUCCAGAUGCUGAUUCCUUUAACACUGUUGCAGAAAUAGUUGGCAGUAGAUACCCUGAGCAGGUUGUACUGGUGAGUGGACAUCUGGACAGCUGGGAUGUGGGGCAAGGAGCCAUGGAUGACGGUGGGGGAGCAUUUGUAUCCUGGGAAGCCUUAUCACUCAUCAAGGAUCUGGGGCUACGUCCCAAGAGAACUCUCCGUUUAGUACUUUGGACUGCAGAGGAGCAAGGUGGAGUAGGAGCUGAACAAUACUACAAGCUGCAUAAAAGUAACAUCUCUAACUUUGACAUUGUUAUGGAGUCUGAUGAGGGAACGUUCAUGCCCACUGGCCUGGGUUUCACAGGCAGCAAGGAAGCUCGUAACAUCAUGAAGGAGAUCAUGAAACUGCUACAGCCCAUCAAUGUUACCAGUGUUUUUGAAAAUGGUGAAGCGACUGACAUUAAGUACUGGAUGCAAGAUGGAAUACCAGUCACUUGGAAUAGUCCUGAACCAACAGUCUUUGAUUCAAUUCAAUGGUCCUACUGAAAUGAAGCCAGCUCCAAAAACAUGAGCAAGACAAGCUCAACAGGCCCUUCCAUUAGAGAAUCUACCAUUUCCUGGGCAUCAUCCACAGCUGCUGUUGUUCUUGAUCCUCUUUCUCAUCAUUGCUACCUCAAUGACAAGCCAAGAGCAAGGAGACAGUGGCAUCUGCUGAUCUACCUUCUCACUCCCUAGAACAAGAAGCAAAGCCACUCCAGGAGUCUCUGGCAGGUGUCUCACUCCUGAGAUAUGAACUCUCAGCUGUCAUCUUACCUUGUCCCAAUCCCUGUAACUGCACUUCCUCUCACCCAUCCUUCUUCCUCUCCCUUUCUGCUGUCUUCCUAUCCUUAAGAAGGAAAACUUAUACCCUUCAUUACCUAUUGGGAUUUUUAAAAUCCUGAAGCAAGGAACUGUAAACCCAGGGCAGCCGGACCAUAAGCCAUGGUGGGUGGGUUGUUGUGCAAACUUGCAUGGUGCUUUCAACUGAUGAUCAGCCCUCCCUUGACUUUAUUUCCCCUUCCUUCCUUUAGUCUUCCCAUGGAUAACCCAGAGGACACCAGGGAGGAAACAAUUUGUCUCCACUUCUCCAUUACAAUUGCAACCUAUUUUCAGCUCUCUCUAUCCAUUUUUCUCCCAGGGAUCAUGAUGGCUAGCUUAACAGGCAACCAUUUCAAUCCCUGUUUUAACAGCUGCUAACAGCCCCUUCAAAGUACUGAGGUGGCACCUUGCACAGACUGCUCAUAUCUAUAAUCCUUUUUUCCACCCAUAAUGUUAUCAAAUAUCUGCAGACAUUUUUAACAUUGUUGUAUUUUGAAAAUAUGCAUCUGCAACACUCAUGAAGAUCUAAAUCUGGGCAGCCUCUGAAAAGGUUUGGUUUGGUUUGGUUUGGUUUGGUUUGGUUUGGUUUGGUUUGGUUUGACAGCUGUCAAAACAAAAGUAGUUUUAUAAAUUACAGGGCUCCAUAAAAGUUGCACUGAGAGUGAAGGAAUGCUUGGAAAUUCAAAUCCAUCAUGUGCUAUAUAAAUAAGGACAUUGGAAGUAUUCAAAAUGGUGCACUUGAAAGUACAAGGAUCCCUGUACAAGUACCUGCAUGCAUUUGCAAGGCAGGUGGGGCUUGUAGGGAGCAGAUGAGAAGGGUGUUGCUUACAUUGCAAAUGUAAAAAUUGCUGCCACUUCUCUAAGUCUCACAAACCUUAGCUGGAACAGGAGAAGUGGGAGAUGAAGGUGUCGGCAGGCACAAGUCCCAGAAUGAUCAGUGAGAAAAUGGACCACAGACAAAACAUUGAUCUUUUGCAAGCGUUCUUCUGGAGUGCCCUGAACGAUUCAAUCCCCACUGGGGGCAAGCAGAGCAAUGCUCAUUCAUUCCUAGGUACACAUGGCAACACCAGGAUGUGGCUAGGUUAAGGAAUGAUUUGCAAAAGAAUCUGGUAAUCCAGGAUUGGCCAUACAGGGCCGGUUUGGGGACGUGUCCUGUGACUGACCCACAAGACUCACAAAACAUAGCUGAGAGAUCAGUACCUUCACCUGCUGAUGGACUCAGAUUCAUGGGGUUUGGGAGCAUAAAGAAGAAGAAAAGGUAGGUGCAAUAUUCUUAGUAAGGACUGGCCAGUGGUUCAGCUGAGGAAUGAUGAUCAGGAUGACCAGAAUCUAGACAGACACUAUCAUGAGCAGAGCAGAUGGAUUCUAGACCUUCCGCACAUGAGAAUGCUAAACUAGGAAUGUAGGCAGUGGCCUUAGACUGAACCAUAUCGUGACUCCAUGUAGACCAGUACUGUCAACACGAACUGGCAGCAGCUCCCUGAGGAUUCAGGCAAGACUUGCCUCCUGCCCUGCCCUCCUCACCCCCAGAACACCCACAACACUCCAGCGCCAUGGCUCUUUCUGUGCCAGCAGUGUGGGCAGAGGGAGGGCACUCCAUGUUUGGAAUCCAGCCUUAGAUCUCAGGGCAAGUUCUUCAGGCUGCUGCUCAGACUCCAAAUCCUUUCUAGCAGCUGUAGGGUUGAGCUCUCUCUUUUUAAAUUGCCUCCAUUUUUGCUGUCUCCUUAUCAUAUUAGGGCUAACAGAAAUAUGGAAGUCAAGUCAUGAAAACCCCUGAGCUGUGUGACUAAAAAUCAAUAUAUGCACCAUGUAGAGACUGUUGGUAGCUUCUCUGGAUUUAAUCAAACUCACUGUAAAAGAAAGUGUCAAAAUUGCACCUACAAGGCCCAUAACAUGGAAGGACAUUCCUCUUUUCUCUCCCUCUCUCU